CAGAAAGAGGUGGUGUGUGGUCUCACCACCCUUUGGGCUGCGCGUGUGUGUUUGUGCGGAGGGCGCGUGUGCGUGAAUGUGUUGUUUCUUAUCAAUUGUCAAACAGUGGAAAAGCAACCACCACCAGGACCUGGCAGCAGCAGCAGCAGCACAGUUUUCGUACACUUCUCGGCCCGCACGGUCAUAAGCUCGCGUGUGGUUUACGGGCUUCCGGGAGGGGCAUUUGGACGGGUGCCGUGUGUUGUACAAAGGGUACAGGGUACGGAAUCUGGCUCUCGGCGUGGUACAGCCACGGGCCAUUCGGUGUGUUGGGUGAAAAUUCUGCCAAAGUGUUGGAAAAUCGUUGCGUAGCUGUAGACGCGCAGUGUGCAAUAGCAGUGAGCUGCGUGUGUGUGUGAAUCAUCCGAAUUCGAUGCAAUGAUCGUGUAACAGCACUUGACGACGCCGCAUUCUAACGGCGAUCAUACACUGAACAUCCCGACAUUCAUUCUAAUUCACACACCACCCAUACUAGACUUGCUCUGCACCCUUCUUCCCGCUGGAGUUGCCACAAACACAAACAACAGUGGUGAGGCGCUGAUCCCGCAGGGAAAAUUUCAUUUGUAGUGACGAAAUUAGGGAGUACGAAAAGCAGCGUGGUACACGAACGCUGCAGACAACACCACAAACACAACGCAACCACACAGCAAUGGCCAAAUUCAGUGGGAAAAAAUGCCGCCUGCUGACGGUGAUGACGCUGACGGUGUUUUUCUUCUUCGUCGAAAUCGUCGUCGGCUAUCUGACCAACUCGAUGGCCCUGGUGGCCGACAGUUUUCACAUGCUCGGUGACAUAGCGGCGCUAGUGAUUUCCUUCCUGUCGAUUAAGAUGUCGCCAAAGAAAUGGUCCAAAAACACGUUCGGUUGGGCGCGGGCGGAAGUGCUCGGUGCGCUGGUGAACGCAGUAUUUCUAGUGGCCCUUUGCUUCAGUAUUACCAUCGAGGCGUGCAAACGAUUCAUCGAGGUGGAGCACAUCCACGAGCCGGAGCUGCUAAUUGCGGUCGGUGUGAUCGGCCUGUUGGUGAAUCUGCUCGGCCUUUGCCUAUUGCACAAGCACGGUGGAGGAGGCCACAUUGGACAUUCGCACGGUGGUGGACUCUCGCAGGCAAAGCAGAUAAGCGGCGGUUCGCAUGGCAACCUGGGCAACACGGACGACAAUGAAAACAAAUCAUUCAUGUAUCAGCAGAACGGUACGGCGGCGAAAAAGACUACCCACCACGGACACUCGCACGACUCCUCGCAGAUGAACAUGCGGGGAGCGUUCCUGCACGUGCUCAGCGAUGCGCUCGGCAGCGUGGUGGUAAUCAUAAGUGCAUUGAUUGUUAAGUUUACCGACUGGAAGUACAAGCUGUACAUGGACCCGGCCCUGUCGGUGCUGCUGGUGGCGCUCAUCCUCAACUCGGUGUGGCCGCUGCUGCGCGAAUCGGCCCUCAUUUUGCUGCAGACCGUGCCGACCCACAUACAGGUCGAUGCGAUCCAGCGCCGCCUGCUGGAGAAGGUGGACGGUGUGCUGGCGGUGCACGAGUUCCACGUGUGGCAGCUCGCCGGCGACCGUAUCAUCGCGUCGGCCCACAUCCGCUGCCGCAACCUGUCCGAGUACAUGAAGAUCGCCGAGCGGGUGAAGGAGUUCUUCCACAAUGAAGGCAUCCACUCGACCACGAUCCAGCCGGAGUUUGUCGAGAUCGAAGCGCUGAACAGCUAUUCGGGUUCGGACGGAUUUUCGAACAGCUUGAAUGGCAGUGCGACACAGGACUGCUGUGCCCUCGACUGUCCGACGACGGACGAGAGUAGUUGUAUCAAAGCUACAUGCUGCCAAAACAACAAUAACAUUAAGCCGGUGGUGGUAAUCGAUAAGGGUACGGCUGGCGACACCAACGAACCGUCCGGCAGUAGUAGCGCCUACGAAGGCGACCAGCCGGCAGGGUUGAUGAUGGCGGGCGGAUCGAGCGCUACCGAUGCAUUGCUACCUGGCUCGGGGCAGAACGCGCUGGAGAGCGAAGACGAAGCGGAAGAGUGAAGAGUCGGAAGAAGAAGGAGUAGAAGAAGAAGUAUGCAAACACACACACACACACACACAAACUCACACACUCUGAGUGAUGGAGGGUGGAACUAAAAUUCAACAGUGGAGAAAGAUAGGAAAAGCUCGAUCACUCGAUAGGACGGUCGCGACACGGCACGGCACGGCAAGAAAACGUUUAGCAAAGGUAGCAAAUCGUGUGCUUGGUGUGAGCAAUUCCCCUCAUCGGUACACUUAUUGUCUCGACCAAAAGGCAACUUAUGCUGAUUAUAUGUAAUGAAGCGUGUCGAGAGCGGUUGCGCUCUAUUGGUUCUGCAGUUUGAGCCACCAGAGUCGUCUUGGUUUGACCGGCUGUUCUGGGUCGACAGGAUGUCUGGAAGAAGGGCACUAAUUGUGUCUGAAGAGAAAGAAGCAUAGACAAAAGAAACAAAACAGAAGGAGGGUGUGUGUGUGUGCGUAUGUUUCUACAUAAUUUAAAUUAUUCACAUUCAAUUUAAUACUUAUUUGCUCUGCACAUUCACUGACCGCCAAGGAAAGAAGUGUUGUAUAUACCGACGCAUGUUGGUACAGAGAAAGAGAGAGAAAGAGCGAGAGAGGUAUUAUAGUAACAAAACUUUUGUGUGUACAAUUUAGCUUCCACUAUGUUUCGAUUGACCUUAGGAGAAGAAUUUUUAUACUUUGUUUUUUGGUUAAAACUCAAUUCACAAACCGCAUGCACAGCAUGGUGAUGAUGGUGGAGCAUGGUGUAAUUGACCAACGGAGUAGAGUAUAGGGAAGAAGUGGAGGUAGCUAGUAAGUAGUGAAUAUUGCUCAAGCCGGACGCGCGGCGCACAGGAUGUGUCCAAAAAGGUGUUUGGACGGAAGUUGCAUAGUUUUUGUGAAGUUGAAUCGAGCCCCACGUGUCUACCACUAAGAACGUGUUCAGCAGCGCACGGUAAACUGUGUGAGCGUAUAGUAAUUGCGAAUCACCCACAUACAUAUAUAUAUAUAUAUACACACGGUAAGAAGUGUGAGAAAGACUGGAAGUUGAAAUGUUGUAGUGCAGGAAUUAAAUUGAUGCAUGAGAAAAGAGCAGAGAUACAGCUGCUUGAACUCCUCUCACAUUCAUCUGCUAAGCGGUGUGAGAGUCGGCGUUUCCCAAGCAGACAAAAAUGAUAUCAAUUAUCAUAAAAAUGAAUAGAAACCACUCAAUUGUUGUCUCUGGCAGAUUUAGCAGCAUAUUUUCAAGAGAAAAUAGGCACAAUGAGCAUAGGGACUGUCUGUUUUUUUUCAAUAGUAUAACGACGACGAUUGGACUAUAACUACCUCGACAGUACAAAGCGUGUUGUGGAGUCAGUUUUGUAGUAUUAUUUGUGAAAUAAAACACACAGACAAAUACAGAAUGGA